GCGGGACCAGCCCGUGUCCUCCUCCUCUGCAGAUCUGCGUCCACACGUGUCCCGACCGGUUCCUGACGUACCUGAGCGCCCGCAGCUCGCCCCAGGAGCUGCAAUAUUACCGCACCUUCUGCGUCCCCGGGUCCCAGGACCUGCAGAAGGCUCCUCUCCAGGUGCUGAAGGACAAGGAGUGCCCGGCCAUGCUCAUCCCCAGCACCCCACUGGCGCGCCGAUGCUUCCCGGCCAUCCAAGCCAAGAACGGAGUCAUCAUGGUAGGCAACGAGACCACCUACGACGACGGCCAGGGCCAGCUGAGGAAUGUCACCGAGCUGCUGGAAGGAGCCAAGAAAGCCAACGUGGUCCUGGAGGCCCGACAACUGGCCAUGAAGAUCUUUGAAGACUACACGGUUUCCUGGUACUGGAUAAUCAUAGGCCUCGUCAUCGCCAUGGGGGCCAGCUUGACCUUCAUCGUGCUGCUCCGCUUCCUGGCCGGGAUCAUGGUGUGGGUGAUGAUCGUGAUGGUGAUCCUGGUGCUGGGCUACGGAAUCUUCCACUGUUACAUGGAAUACGCGAAGCUGAAGGGGGAAGCGGGGUCGGAUGUCUCCCUGCAGGACCUGGGCUUUCAGACUGACCUCCGUGUGUACCUGCACCUGCGGCAGACCUGGUUGGCCUUCAUGAUCAUCCUGAGCGUCUUGGAGGUGCUGGUCCUGCUGCUGCUCAUCUUCCUCCGCAAGAGGAUCCUGGUGGCCAUCGCGCUCAUCAGGGAAGCCAGCAGAGCCAUUGGUCACAUCAUGAUGUCGCUGCUGUUCCCGUUGGGCACCUUCCUCCUGCUGUGCCUCUGCAUCGCCUACUGGGCCAGCACCGCCGUCUUCCUCUCCACCUCCAACGAGGCUGUUUACAAGGUGUUCAAUGAGUCCACGUGCCCAUUCGCGGGGCAGAGCUGCAGCCCCGAGACCUUCAACACGAGCAACGUCACGAAGCUGUGCCCUGAUGCCCAGUGUCUCUUCGCGUUCUAUGGGGGUGAGACGACCUAUCACAGGUACCUCGUCGUGCUCCAGUUCUUCAACCUCUUCAUGUUCUUCUGGCUCGUCAACUUCGUGCUUGCGCUGGGCCAAGUGACGCUGGCCGGAGCCUUCGCAUCCUACUACUGGGCCUUCAAGAAGCCCGAUGACAUUCCCGCCUUCCCGCUCUUCUCCGCCUUCGGCCGCGCGCUCCGGUACCAUACCGGCUCGCUCGCCUUCGGCUCCCUCAUCCUCGCCGUUGUCCAAGUCAUCAGGGUCAUUCUGGAGUACCUGGACCACAGGUUGAAAGCCGCAGACAACAAGGUUGCCAAGUUCCUCCUGGGCUGCCUCAAAUGCUGCUUCUGGUGCCUGGAGAAGUUCAUCAAGUUCCUCAACAGAAACGCUUACAUCAUGAUCGCCAUCUACGGCACCAACUUCUGCACCUCUGCCCGCAAUGCCUUCUUACUGCUGAUGAGGAACAUCAUCAGGGUGGCUGUGCUGGAUAAAGUCACGGAUUUCCUCUUCUUCCUCGGCAAACUCCUCGUCGUGGGAAGCGUCGGAAUUCUCGCCUUCUUCUUCUUCACCCACCGGAUAAAGCUGGUCCAGGACACGGCACCGUCCCUCAAUUACUACUGGGUCCCUAUUCUGACGGUGAUCGUGGGCUCCUACCUCAUUGCCCACGGGUUCUUCAGCGUCUACGGCAUGUGCGUGGACACCCUCUUCCUCUGCUUCU